GGUUAGGAAACUAAGUGUAAUAUUGUAAUAAAGAGAUGUACCGAUAACUCAAUUCAACAGUCUGUUUUGUCGACUUUGAUUCCAGAUUCACGGAAACUGACCGCAGUUGCAAGUUACAUUUAAUUGACAGCUAAAAAAAAAAUAUUGUGUCACAGGCACGGCACAGAGACUGAGUGAGUGUUGUUAGUGACAGUUAGUGUUUGUGUUAGACUCAAGUUAGAGACAUAAAUAAAUUAAUAUUAUAAAGUUAAAGGUUUGCCACAACCCGUGAACUUUUAAAUAAUUCACUGUCACUAAACCUAACCUGAAGCCCAAAAUAUAUCCCUAAGUAGGGUUGCCAGAUACGUGGACACCAAAAGUUUGGCAAAAGGACAUAAUUAAAUAAAACAAAAAGGAGGACAUUUAUUUUUGCGAUUUCCGAAUCUUCAAAUAAUGUGUGCAACCAAACCAGCUGUGCAGGUCAUCGAGUUGUAAGAUUGAUGAUAACAAACUGUAUGAAAUGCCAAAGUUGCUUCAGCCCCAUGUGCUUUCAGCAACACUUUUGAAUACUUAGGACUUAUGCUGAAAAAAAAGACGUCUAUUUGUUCGAUGACGCGGACACUUUGAUUACUAUCUGAUUAGGUUUCUAUGUCUCUCACUGUCAACAUGGCGCUCCAAGUCAGUAGCUCCUUUGCUGGCAACGGACAAGUAACUAUCGCAAAUAGUACACUUUGCCUCAUUCUCAUUGCGUCCUUCAACAAAGCAAGGAAACUUAUUUUUCAUAGUGUUCGAGAAUUUGCAUUUUCUCUUUGUAGAAGCCAUUUUCAUAAACAUAGACGGCAAAAAUUACAAAUUAAAAAAACAAUUUAAAUUUGCUUCUUUGUUGCUGAAACCAGAAAUAACAUUACAUUUUGACCAUAGAUAACAGCACAGAGCUAGAUUGUUAGAAUGACUAAAAUCGACUGGUUCGCAGAAAUGCAUAGACUUUGUACAUUGUAACAACGUAAACAUACGAUGUAAUAGUUGUAACAACGAUACAUACAAAUUAAAAUAUAAAAUGUAAGAAAAGCUGGAAAUUUUAAUUUUAAAAGAUUUUAGCUUUGCCUGCCCGACGGAGAUAUUGAGCUAAAAAUGAGGACAUGUCCUCCUUUUGCCGGACGUCUGGCAACCCUAUCCCUAAGCCUAAACCUAACCUGAACCCUAAAUGAAGUAAAUGUAUCCCUAAUGGCACCAAUUCUCAUUCUCUGGGCAUUGGUAUUAGCCUUUAAAUAUGUAGUAAUUAGUAAGUCGUAUCAUUUAAUUUAAUAUAUUUAUUAUAAGGCGUAGGCCUAAGCUAAAUAUAACUUAAAUAUAAGGUAAAUGUGCCACACUCUUUGCACUGAUCAAAUAUAAUAUUUGUUCAGAUUAUUGUCUCAAACUAAACUUGACUGACUAAAGCUUGUAAAUUUUAGAACUAUCUUGCACACACACCCCCACCCACACCCCACCCCCUAAAAUAAUUUCCACUGGGCACUAUGCCUCUGCAGCUGCUUUUUCUUUUAUGCACAACAGUAAAAGGGACAAAAAGUAAGGUUGGCCAUCCCUGCUAAGACUUAAAUAGAGCAUCCCCAGGGGCAAGGGAAUAUAUUUCAUGCAGUAUUUCACAUUUAAUUAAAUUUCAUUCAAAUGUUUGUUAGGACUUAUUUAAGAUUCAACAAUUAUUUUCGUUACUACUUCAUAAAUAUAUGCCUCCCGGUGGUCUUAGGUGACCCCUGUGUAAGGGUAUGCCUCCCAGUGGUCUUAGGCGACCCCUGUGUAAGGGUCUUUCGACCCCCAUAGGGUUCACGACCCACAGGUUUGAGAACCGCUGUUUUAGUUCAUUCAAUUUCCAAUAAUAUUAUGCAUAGUUUUAUACCAGAUAUGUGUAAAUUAGUUAUUUUAUUUUUUAUUAAUAUUUUUUGUAAAGUGUAAAAAUGUCUCCGUCUUCUUGUCAUCGACAGUCCAAAAAGGCUCUGUCUGAAAAGGGUUAAUGUCUAAAUAGUUGCCAUAAUAAUUUUCAGAGAUAAAAGAUGUAAAUUUAAGUCCCUUUUUUCUUUCUUUUUUUUUUUCUUUUUAAAAAAAUAAUAAAUUACUGAUUGUAACACAGGAGCAUCAAGAAGUUAAAAAAAGGGUAUUCAUUUUUUACAACAGUAAUAGCAGGUCAUUUCAUUCCAUUACAAAUUUAUUUAUUGAUAUUUUAUUUAUUUUAAAUUUCAGAAUGAAGGCAGAAAGAGUGUAAUACAAUUUUACAUUAAGAAGUACUGCUGAAAAUGUUGUUAGCAAUCUUCAUUGUAAUUAUUUUACAAGUUUUGGGACUAACCUGGUUUGCCGGAUUGUUUUUUAAUGCAAUUUCUAAAUCAGGUAUGUUACUCAUUGGAAAGAAGUAUUUCUUUUUAUGACUGUUGUUAUUAAUAACAUGCACUAAGUUAAGCUUAUUAAACUACAUGUACUACAUUAUGUAAUUUAACUAUAGUUUAAAUCAGGCCUGCACAACUCAAAAUGUAAGGCGGGGCCGUAAUGCUUUAUGAAAAACGUGUGCGGGCCAAAAGAAAGUAGGACAAGACUUCUGCGGGCCAAAAGAAUAUAGGUCAUAGGGAAAGCUAUUAAGAAAGUAGUACGAAUAAAAAAUAUUUCGUUACUUCGCGGGGCGCAAAGUGGGUGCUGGCGGGCCAGAUGCGGCCUGAGGGCCAUAUGUUGUGCAGGCCUGGUUUAAAUGAUUACUUAAUCACUAUCAGCUUCUAAGUUUUUUAUUUAUCUUAUAUGACAUUCAUUCCUUUUUGAAUAUGAGUAAUUUUUUUAAGAUAAAAUUAGUCCAGUUUUAUGGUAGGGCCUGGCAAAAGUUAUUUAAUUAAUUAAAAAUAAAAUUAUAAAUUAAUUUUUUUUUUAAAUUCCAUUGUAUAAAAAAUUUACAAUUUUUAAUGUAAAUCCUUUGAGUGCAACCAAGACCAUACAGCACAUCAAAUUUAAAAGAAAAAUUAAAUUAAUACUCUUAAAGAAAGUAUUGAAUACUCAGAAUUCUUUUUGCCAAUUUUGUAAUUUUGAUUCACCUUCACCAUUUUCUACCCAAAUGUUCCAUUCCAGUUCGUUGAUGCAUUUCUUCUAUAAUAUAAUUAAUUAUAUACCAGGCAUUCAUUGUUUCUGUAAGACUGUAUGUAACAUUUUGAUGCCCAUAUCAUAUUAAUUUUAAUUUAAUGUGACCAGGCAUUGCAUUUUAACGUUUGAGUGUUGAAGUUAGUUUUAUUAGUUGAAACUCCAAGCUGAAUGGUCUUUAGAAAAUGUAAUAAACAUUAUUUGCAAAAGAGUGGUGGUGAAAUUGUUGAUAAAAUUGCAAAACUAUGAUCAACUGGGAGAAAUAUCUUUUUGAUAAUAUACAUUUUCUGGCAGGAGUUUAUUUUGAUUUUCAAUAAUGAUUUGUUUCCAAUCAAAUGUAGAAAUCAAAGGAAAGACUUAUCAUAUUAACAGACUCUUCUAAAAAUGUGCAUUUUGCUAAGAAAUUUACCAAAGAUGAAAUUGCAAUUAUGAGUAUGAUCCAUUUCAAGAAAUAGAAAUUACAUGACCAAAUUCUGGACCUAUUUAACAAUCUGAAGCAUUUUCAAAUUUUUGAUUAGACCUGUAGGAAGUUGCUUUCAGUAGACAGACAAACAGGAGCUUACCACAAAAUGCGGUGGAUGGAGAAGAUGAUUUAUAGUCUCAAAAUCUUCCUGUUUCCCAAUCCCGUGUGACCUGUCAUCUCUAAGCAACUUCAAAACUAUUGUAAUGGAGGUAUAUCUGAAAUCCUGGUUUACAUGUGCAUGUGCAUGUGCCUGGUGUAAUGCACAGAAUGAGCUGGAUCUACUCCAUGAAGUUGGAGAGUUAUAAGACAACACACAAAUCUGUUGUUAAUGGUGCAAUAAACACAUUCUCUGGACACUUUAUAGCGAUGGCAAAUCCAAAAUUUCCGCUUAUAAUUGUAAAUGCUCUAGGUUUACCUAACUAGGUGUAAUAGACUACCACUAUGACAUUAAGGCAAUAAAAGUAAAAGGUAAAGAAAAUAUUGUUGCAGACCUUUUGUCAAAACACUUUGAAUUCAAAGGCAAUGACAAAAAAGACAGGAUUGAAACAUAUCAGUCAAAGAUUGUAACUUUUUAAAUUUAAGGUUAACAUAAGAGUAAACAUAUUUAAAUUUCACUGUAAUACCUGUACUUAAACAAGUCAGUUUUUUUAAAACAAUUUUGAUAUCCAUGAUAUGUUGUGUAAAAAUGCUCUUAAUGAUGUGUAACAAAUGAUAAUUUUUUCUAAUCAUACCAGUAUUUGUAAAGUAAUAGAAAGAAACUUUACAUUUUUCCAAAUUAUAUCUUUCUAAGUCACAAGACAAGUAUAAAUAGACAAUAUCAUAAAUUUUGUGGAACUACAGACAGUGUCGGUUAUUUUUGGCUACAAAAUUAUUACAUGUUGAUAAAGAUAGAGAUAUACUGUUAAAUAUUUUAUCUGUAAAGAGUGAUUUUUUAAAAACACUGUUUCAGAAACUUUUGAAUGUUACUAUUCGUUAGUUACGGUAUUAAAAGUUAUUUGAACAAAAGUUAUUCAUACCGUACAUAGAAUAAAUUCAUACUAAAUGAUACUACACAUGUAAUUUUGUAACCUAUAAAAGUUGAUUAUGAAACAUAUGAAAGUUAAUUAUUUAAAACGUUAUGAGUAAUAUUCAUAUGCAGAUUUAUUUUAGCAAGACAAGUAACAAUAUAUACAUAAAAUGAUUUUCAUAAAAGUUCAUAUUGAUUGACUAAUUAUGAUUUACUAUAUGGAAUAGCAGGACAUAUUCUUGAGAUUGAUGUAUAAUAGGGUUUAUGAUUAAUUUUAUGUUAGGAUUGUCAUGGAUUAAAAUCUUACUACUUAGUGAUGUCCUUACUCAGAUUAUUUUUUAAUGUGGGUGAGGCGUGUAUCAUCACAUAAUCUGGCCCUGAGAGUAGGAUUAGGAAGUAAGUUCUUUACCAUUAGCAAUAUUUGCCUCAGGGCGCUACUUAGAGGAGGUCGAGAGCCAGUGUGCCCACACUGCUCCAUACAGUGUCAUGUCUUGCCCCGAUGUAACACUGGUCUCUGCCGAGCUCGAGGCAAAGAUUCAGUGUCAAGUUUUAGAUGAGGUUGGUAGUGACCAUCGACCGACCCUCAUCACAAUUGAUCUUGUGCUGGCGAAACCAAGGUUUACUAGGAGGCACUGGCUGCUCGGUAAAGCCAAUUGGACUCUGUUCUGAGAAAGAAUAGAGAGAACGAUCUAGGAAUCAGCAGGGAUACCUCCGACAACACCGACGCUGCAUACAGCAAUUUUGUGAGUGAUAUUCUCACAGUGGCAAAGAAAACUAUCCCUAGAACCAACAAAAACUGCAAGUUCCGCCCCUUUUGGAACAAGAGGUUGGCAGAGAUGGUUCGUGAACAAAAGAGAGCAUGGACCAAAGCCGGAAAGUUGAAGGGGAAAGGUUUGUAAUCUGCGUCCAUUGCAAUUGACUACUGGCAUGCCUGCCACAGAUGCCAAGAGUGGCGAGGCUUUAAAUAAACAUCUUGCAAAGAUUAAUAGGAGGCAGAAGGAGUCCAGAGAAAGCCAGAACCUUAACCGUCCCCGGAAGCAUGGAGAUGUGGCCCAACAGUGGGGACUACAGGCUGAGGUCUUUACCGCUAUGACUGAGUUGCAAACCGCCAUCGACAAGUCUAACGCUGCCAAAGUACCACAUCCGGACAAGAUCUGCAACGAAACUAUCAAAAACAUUGGCCCGAUAGCUAGGAGACAGCUAUUGUUAAUCAUAAACAGAUCUUGGGUAACAGGAAUCGUACCCAGAGCUUGGCUUAGUGCUACCAUCAUCUCUAUUCCCAAAGCAGGGAAGAAACUCGAUCAACCGACCAGCUACCGACCGUUUUUCCUAACAUCGUGUCUAGGGAAAGUAGCUGAGAGAAAGGUUAACCAGGGGCUCUUCUGGUACCUGGAGAGUACCAGGAGCCUCAGUCCAAUACAGGCAGGCUUCCGCAAGGGAAUGCAGCCCGUAGAUCAAGUGCUCUAUCUUCUCCAGUCCAUAACAAUCCAGAAAAAGUCUCAUACAAUCGCUGUAUUUGUUAACCUCUAAGUCUCAUACAAUGGCUGUAUUUGUUAACCUCAAAGUCUCAUACAAUGGCUGUAUUUGUUAACCUCUAUCAGGCCUAUGACCGGGUCUGGAGCUCUGGUCUAAUGUUACAGUUGCAAAAGUUGGGAGUAACUGCCAACUUGUACAGGUGGGGUUGCCAGUUUGCUUACAUACCGGACAAUCAGCACAAAAUUCGGCAGCAAAGAGAACCCUUGAAGAAGGGCUACCAAAGGGUCAGUCCUUAGUUGCACUCUCUUCCUAGCCUAUAUUAAUGACUUGCCACAAAAUCUAGCUACUAAUGCUGCGAUGAAUGUUGACGAUUUGGUUAUCUGGAGCACUGGUAAAGAAGUCUACCGCCUGCAAACGCUAUUACAGCAGGACUUUCUUCUAUCAACAGGUUCAUUGCGGGGAUGGCAUUUGGAAAUCAACACUAAGAAGACGGUUCAUUCGCCCUUGACCAGCGGGCGGACUAUUCUAAUAAAUGGGAUAAAUCUCAAGGUGGGCAAUGUAGCGCUCCAAUGGAACAAGCAACCGGUUUACCUGGGGGUCAAAUUGGAUCAAAAGGUACUAAUGCAUAAUUUUGUACAAGACCUCUGCUCCCAGGCAACCGCCAAGCUCAAUCUGGUGAAAAAACUGGCUUGCACAAGUUGGGGUGUGGGAGCAAGAAUGCCUAGAGCUCUAUUUCUAGGCAGUGUAAGGUCGGGGAUGGAUUACUGCAUGCCGGUCCAACCCUUUGCAAGCAAGGCCGCAAUGAAAAGGUGGGUCGAAUCCAGAAUCAGGCUUUGAGACUCAUCUGUGGAACAUUUAGGACCACACCCACAGCUGCUGUAGAGGUUUUGGCCAAUGUAUAACCGCAGGAGGGAAAAAGAAAUAUUAUAUUAAGUACCGUAGAGAGGUACUGGCGGCUAAACGAGAAGGAACUGUCGUUCCAGAUGCAGAACAACUGGAUGGCGGGCAGGUGACUUAAGAGAUCCUCAUUCAUGCACCAGGUUGUAGAGCUUGAGAGGACGAUUGACCUGCCUGGCAAUAGAGAACGUCUGACCCUAAUCCCAGUCAAUCCGCCAUUAUCGGAACUCUCAUGUCCCUCCAUACAGUUGGCCAUGACCGAUACAGCGGUGACGAAGCGCAGCCCCUGAACAAGUUCAGAAAGCGGCUGCCCUUGAGAACAUGGCUAUGUUUGCCAACAUACCAGUGAAAGUGUUCACGGACGGCUCUGCCAAUCUGAGAGACAGAACUGCUGGGUAUGGUGCACUCAUACUGUACCCAGCAGGGGGACCACCAAAUAAAGAAUUCUUAGGGCUCUGUGGGACUGCAGCAAUCAAACUUUGAUGCAGAGCUUGAGAGCUAUUCACAGGGCCCAAGAGAGUGUGUAUCACACGUUGAAAGACACGGAGCUUAGUGCUCUCGAUGUGAUCGUUUACUCUGACUCAAGAUCUGCUCUCGAGAUCUUGGAAAAGAGAUCAGGUACUACUCACCUAGUUGACGCCAUAAUUGAUGACGUUCGCAAGGUCGGUGAACUAGGAGGCAAGGUGACAGUGCAAUGGAUCCCAGGUCACGUCAACGUCAGUGGCAAUGAGAAAGCAGACACACUGGCAAAAACCGGGGACUGCCUAACCUCGGCCAGAAGUACUACUAACUUAUUUGGGAAUAAAGAACUGGCUGGCAGACCACUUCAGGUUGAAGUGGUACAGGCAAUGGGCAGACAAUAGGACUGCCAAAGUUUUCUUUUCAAACUUGCCCACUCAUAGCAGACAGGACCCAUGGUGGGGGUUAGGCCGUAGACAUCAAGUUUAGUGAUGCAGAUGUGCACUGAGCACUGCCCCAUAGGCGCAUACUUCUGGCGGCUAGAUAACAACAGGGACCCUACCUGCCGACAUUGCAGCCUAGUCCCGGAGACACUAGCACACCUGUUAACCGAAUGUUCCUCACUAGAUGACCUGAGGGAAGCCAAGGCGCUUGGAGAGCCCUACGUGAGGAAAAUGUUGUAUGGCUCAGCAAAUGGAGCUGGUAGCUAAUGUUCUAGCCGGGGUCAUAAAAGAAUAAUCUCAGACCUUCACCAGAAUAUGUGCGUUAGUUAGUGGUUGUUUACCAUUCCAGAGAGUAAAACUCACCCAGACAUCAUGUGGUGGAAGAGUACAGAUAAUGAAUUACAAAAAAUGGGACUAUACUGUCAGCCAUAUUGGCGAGCAUGUUAAAUUUAGCAAUGACUUUAGAAUAUUCAAAGGAGGAGUGUAAUUAGUAAUAGUAUAAUAAAAUAUCAACUCAAGUCUGUGGUCUAUGUAACAACUAGCCUUUAUUCACCAUUCUACAUUCUUUUUAUACCCCAUGUCACAUGAUCACUCACUCCAGUUCUCCAACCAAUAUUCACACAUUUUGAAAGAUGUCCAUUCAUACAACAUGAUAACAACACAGGACAAUCAAGUCACAAAGUUCAAUCAAUACACACUAUAAAAAUAAUCGUCAGUCACUCAUAGUGUCACAAGGAGGUUGUAUGAAUCUAUUGUCUGCGAAUAAUUAUAUAAUUUGAGAACUAUAAUCAUAUAUUUUGUAUUCAGUGAUUUACUAUCUCACAUUGAUUCUGUGGAUUGGAGCUGCAUGAUACAUUUAUUUAAGUAUUAUAUGUUAAGUUAUUGAAGUAAUAAACUGAUGUAUGUAAAGGCCUAGACUUGACAUCUUGAUUGAGCAAGUGUUGGUGUAUGUGACAAUAAUUUAGAUAACCUAAACCCAGAAGAAGAAGGGUAUAAUGAAAUUUCAUGAAUGUCAGAAGUUUGAUGGCGUCCAAAAGUUAGGGUCAGCAUUCUUGGUUAAGCCGAUUAAUCAGCACAAAAAAAUCCAAUUUGGCUAAUUACGGAUUAUUGACAGAUUAAUCUAUGAAACUUUAUUAUUUGAUAUUAAACUGUUAUUGCACAUUACCGUAAUUCGGAGUAUAGCUGGAGCUAACAACUAACAAAAAUUGGCCCGGAAUGGAGGUCUGUCAAAAUAAGUCUGCCCCACCACCCUGGUAUCUACAACAACAAAAAUACACCCAAAUGAUGCUUAACUUUUAGUUAGACUUUUUUAAAAAUAUAAUUUAACUAUUAUUUUUGGCUAUUGUAUGCAUAUGCAAAAGUUAUAAAUUUUGUCAUUUAAUUUCUAUUGCAGGUCCCAAAAUGCCUGCUACAUGGCAGUGGGCGACAGCUGUUAUCAUACCAUUGUUAAUUAUUGUUUAUGGCUUGCAUAAAAAAAGUUUAAACCAGUCUGGAGCAGCAGCAGUUAAGUGUUUUAAUACUCAUAUUUAUUUUUUGGGCUCGUUCAAGAUUGAAAUUUAAAAAAAUUAAAUGCCCCAUUAAGAUAAAUUAUAUUAAUUGUAAUCCAUGAAAUUAGUACUUUAUAUAAUACUGCCUUAAUUCACUCAAUCCUCCUCUUUCCUUCUAAGGAAAAUAAUAUAAAUAUUUGGGAGGCCAUUGUAAGUGUUGUCUUCCUUAUAAUUAAUUACAUUAAAAAUUUCUUAUAAAGUGUAUUAUUUAUUUUGUUGCCAGAGCCUGCAUUUAGUUUGUAAGUUUUUCCUUUAACAAUUAUACUAUAAAAAAAAAAAAAAAUGUAAUAUUUAUGUAUAAUAUUUGCUUUUUCAGGUUUAAUUAUUGGCUUCCUGCUUACAAUAAGUGGCCUGAGAUUUAUGAUAUCUCUGUUAGCAUUUUUUAUAUUUGCCUCAAAGGCUACUAAGUUCAAAGCUGAAAAAAAAAGGAAGAUUGAACAUGAUUUCAAAGAAGGUAGGCACAAUGGUGUAAAAUACUAUUUUCAUCUUUAUUUUAUUUUAUUGAGGUUUUAGGGUAAGUUUGUUAAGUAAAUGAAUAAAUGUUUACAGUACCUGGUACAUAAGGAUUGGUCACAAUUUCAUUGGAGUCGCAAGGUUUUGUAGUUUUAGUGUGUCCUUUGAAUAAAUGAGGCCUAGAGCAGUGGUCCCCAAAUGGCGAUCCGUGGACCUUCACCGGUCCGCAUGCCCAACGCUGCCGGUCCCCAUAACAUAAAUAUUUAUUGUCAAAUAGAAAUAAAAGUAAAAAAAUAAAUCAUGCACCAGUCCCUGGUAAAAUUUUGAAACUUGUUCACCGGUCCGCCAAACUUAAAAGUUUGGGAACCACUGGCCUAGAGUACCAUUAUAUUAAACUAAUUCUGGUAAUUGAAAACAAAUUAUAUUCUGUUUCCAUGAAUGUGAUGCUUCAAGGUUAUAUUUUUAAAUUUAUUCCAGUAAAAUAAUUUUGAAAAUACAAUAUUUAUUACUGUAGGUGGUCAAAGAAAUUGGGUUCAGGUAGUCUGCAAUGGUGGUCCAGCAGCAGCAUUUGCAGUUUUUUAUAUGUUUGAGGUAAAUUUAUCACUUUCAGAUCAUUCGUUUUUCAAUGUUUAUCUUCUCUUAUUUUUAAAAGAUGUUAAAAACCCACAGAAAACCUCUUCAGGGGUCAACUAUUAUUAUUUACAAAGUGGGAGGAUCAGGAUUAAGAGAGAUUGCAUAUGCUUAGUGGGGGAGAGGGCUUGACAAAUGAUAAAAAAUAAGUUUAAAUCUUUAGCUUUUACUGAUAGGCCUUUUGGUAAUUGCAUUUAUGUUAAUCUUAUCUAGGUAGGUUCAGUGGAUGCAUCCAUUGACUUCUCAAAAUUAUAUGCUGCUUCAUGGUAUGCAUUAGCAGUCAUGUCUGCUCUGGCCAGCUCAUGUGGGGAUACUUUUUCUUCUGAAUUCGGCGUAGUUUUGGGGAAAAAAGAUCCAAUAAACAUACUCACUUGGAAGCCUGUACCUCGAGGUUAAAAAUGUAUACUGUUUUUUUACUUAAAAACUUUAAUACCUUCAAGAAGUAAUAGAAUAUUACAAGAAAUAAAAUUAUUAGUACCUAAAUAACUAUCAUUCCAUCUCAUGUACAUUAUGGUUACCUUAUUUUAAUUCUGAUUUAGUAGUUUCACCCAUUGUCACACACAAAAAGAAUAUAUUAGUUCUGAAUACCUUCUAGCUGUGAUAAAUCAUCGUUGUGUUCUUGGCUUCUUUUGAAAUUAGGAAAAAUUUAAUUGGUUAAUCAUAUGUUUACCUGCACAUGGAUGCAUAAAUACACAAUAAAGUAAUAAUAAUAAUCAACAUGUUUGGUGAAAAGUAUUGCAGGGGUGCCACUCACUGAAAGCUCUGAACCCUGUAAUCCCUUUCUCACCACUCACUGAAAUCUCUCAACCCUGAAAUCUCUUUCUCACCACUCACUGAAAGCUCUGAACCCUGAAAUCCCUUUCUCACCACUCACUGAAAGCUCUCAACCCUGAAAUCCCUUUCUCACCACUCACUGAAAGCUCUGAAAUCCCUUUCUCACCACUCACUGAAAGCUCUGAACCCUGAAAUCCCUUUCUCAAAAUUUCUUGGAACCUGAAACGUACAAAUUUUUCAAACCCUGAAACAUAACGAAACUCAUCCAUAAAAUUCAUACAGAAAUAAUUUAUUGUGCAAUGAUUACAAAUGAAAUCGAGAGGCUUCCAAACAAUGCGAGAGGUCGCAGUUCCUGUUAUAUUUAUAGUGAACCCCUUCUCGCUGAAUAGGCUUUCGCACGUUCUUACACGUUGAUUUGUUUUUAAAACCCAGAAUCCGUAUUUGAAAAAACUGAGCUGGCGAACCCGGAAUGAGAGAAAAUAAAAACUCCCAAAUCCAGAGCUGAAAAAUAUUUAGCCUCACGGAUCUGGAAUUCCGGGAUAAUCCGUAAAAGUGGCACCCCUGUAGUAUUGCCAAAUCUCUUGUUUAUAAUGAAUUUAUAAAUUAUAUGACUUGUAAUUCCUUUUAUUCUCUUUAUGGCCUAAAACAGUUAGUUUUAAGCCUUGACUCAAACUGUUGAGUAAUCAUAAGGGAUACAGAACUGAUACAUACUGACUGACACUUUUUAAUUUUCUCCCAGUUUACAUAAGUAAUUAAUACCUUAAGAUAAAAGAAAAGUAAAGCUAUUCAUGGUAAUUGUACCUUUUGUAAAAAGAUUGAGAAAAUGUUUUAAUGGGUAUGUUUUAUUAUUAAAUAUAAAAAUAGCACUCACAGGCCUUCUAGCACUCAGAAGCCUUAGUGCUAUAAUUUAACUAUAUUUAAUGAAGAAAACAAGUGCCUUGAUUGAUUCUUAUACUAAUAAAUAUAUAACCAAGUUUUAAGGUAGAAAUUAGCAUUCAUAAAAUUAAAAUAUUGACAUUAACUCUAUUGAAACCUUACCUUCUUUAGCAUAUCUCAAAUUGUAUUUAUUUCUGUUCAUUAUUCAUGCAAAAAAAAAAAAAGAAAACUAUAGUACUUCUGAGCAUUUUGAAUUUAUAAAAAAUAUCAUAUUUUGUUUUAAAUUUUAUUUAAAUUCAACUAUUUUAGGCUGCAAUGGUGGAAUAUCCUUGUAUGGAACCAUAAGUAGUAUAUUAGGUGGAGCCAUUGUAGGUGUGGCCUUUUAUGCUACCGAACUUCUUAUUAUUAGUUGGGCAAAUCUUCUGGAUUCCCCCAAACAAUGGCCUAUUAUUUUCUAUGGUGCUAUUGCUGGAUUUAUGGGCUCAAUAAUUGAUUCCAUUUUGGGAGCCUCAUUACAAUUUUCAGGUAAGACAUAAUAGUAUUGGAAUUGGAUCACAAUUAUUAAGUACUAUCAUGAGAUAUUGUUAUCAGAUCAAAUUAAAAAAAUUUUUACUGGUACCAUGCGAAUGUGGUCUAAAGUCACAUUUCUUUUCAUGUUUCAUGCUUAAUAUUAUAAUGGGGGAUGCAACAGUUCUAAAACUUGUAUAGCUUUUUAUUUAAGUGAUGUGUAUCUAUAUACCGGUACAACAAGUUUUUACAGGAUUAUCUGUUGUUGUUUUUUUUUCAGGAAAACACAAAAAACUAGGAUGUAUUGUGGAAUAUAAGGGACCAGACAUUGAACAUAUCAGUGGAUGGGAAUUUCUAGAUAACCAUUCUGUGAAUCUCUUAUCAUCUACUUUGACUGGGCUUAUCAUUCCUUGCCUAGCUGCCAAAACCUGGAAUCUUUUUUGAAACGACUUUGUCUUAUUAACCUACUCAAUAAAGAAAAUAACAAUUUGAAAUGGGACAAUAGGUUUAUGAUCUCUGGGUAAAUGUCUAUGCAUUAUAUUAUUUACUUAUUUCAUAUAUGUUAGUGUAAAGAAUAAAUCAAUUUCAUAGUGAGUACCAAAGUGCUCUGAUUUCUUAACCCUUAAUUUAUUUAAUACUAAUACAAUAUAGAACUCAGAAUAUUUUAAUGUUUAUAAAAUGGCAUAAAAUGUAACACCUUAUGAAAAUGUAUUUUGUCAUUUGUUUCUUGAAGUUAAUAUUUAUGUAUUGGUUUGACUUUGCUAUGUUAUAAAAGAAUUUUUUUUUAAUCUUUAGUUUUUGAACACUGAUUAGCAAGACUUAAUGCUAUUUCAUUGUAUUAUCCUAUAAGAUAAUGAUUGUUCAUUUAUUUGUCAUAAGGCAUAGCGUGGUAUCAUAUUUUUGCACUGACUCAAAUACUGUAGUAACCAUUGGCAUUAUUGGGUUUUAAAUUUAAAAUGAAUACUGUAUGUACUCGUUCAAAUGCUGAACUUUUUGGGAAAUAUUUCAGAGGAAUAAGUGGGAUGUUUGGCUUAUGAGAGGUCAUGAGUCAUAGGAGAUUUUAGAAAUUUUCUCCUGGUACAUUGCUUCCAUUAAAGAAAAAAAUGAAGAAAUAAGUAAUUUAAUUAAAUGAAAGUCAACCUAAAGUAGAAUGGGAAAUUGGUGGUGUGCAAAAUUCUAUUACAAUGCACAUAAAGCUGGCCUUCAUAUUUCAUUCUUACAAUGCAUUCCCAACUUUUCCAAGCAACAUCAGAUUGUCAUAUUUUAGUAGAAUGAGGUAGCAGUUGAAACCUAUCUUUAGAACAUUCUGUGUUUGGUACCAGUUUCUGACCAAUAUUUAAUACUAGUAUAAAAUCUGGACUUAUGGUACCAGUAUGCAAACUUUAUAUUUGAUAUUAUAUCAGAAUAUACUGCUGAAGUCUAUGACAAGGAGUCCAAUUAAUUUUUAUUGACAAGUGGCAGUAAUCUCUUUUUGGAAAUGUUCAGAAUAGUUACCAUAGAUACAAACAGACAUGCAAAGGAAGUAUCUGUGCUAAACAUUAUAUUGUAUGCUUUUUUUUUUAAAGAUACAUAAGGUAAUAGAAUUAGAACAAUGGCGGCAUUGUAGAAACAAUCAGCUAUUUUUGAAAAGCAUCAAAGAUCAACAAUAUAUAAACAUUGUUAAAUGUGUUGUGUUUUUUUUUAAUGAAGUUUGAACAAAGUGUUAAGCUAACAAUAUGUAACUAUAGAUGUAAAUUUUAAAGGCUGAUUCGAGUCAGAUUUUUUAAUAAUACAAUUACAAAAUAUUGAAAAGGAAACAAUAAAUGUAAUUUUUCAAAUGAUUUAUUAUAAGAAUUUAGUUAUUGUUUUCCAGGAUAUAUUUUCUCAUGGCUUAUAAAGGAUAUGAAUUAUUAUUUAAAACAUUGAGAUUUAAUUUUUUGAACAGUGUAAGCAAUUUGCGUUACUUAUACAAAAGUUUCAUUGAUAGAGAAGUCUGCCGUAAAAUUAUUAUAAACACUUGUCUAUUUACAAAUGUAAUACUGUAAUACAAUCACUUAUACUAAAUAUGAAAAAUAAAAAUAUCAAAUACCACCCUAAAGGUAAGCUUUAAAAAUUAAACAUGUAAAAUAAAUUGAAUAAGCCACACACACAAAUUACUAUAUCAAACCAUAUGUACACACUCCCAGUGAAUUUAUCGAAAUUAUAGCAAGGAAAGAAAGUUUAUUAUUUUACAUUUAAUACUGUUGCAUUGUUUUCUAUUUGAUUUUUUUUUAAACUUGGGUUUUCAAAACGUGAAAAAGAUUUUGAAGUUCAAAAAAGAAAAUAUAAGUUUACAGACAUUCACUGAAUCACUGUAAAAAAAAAAAAAUCUAUGAAAACACUUUAUUUACGUAUAUUAUUACUGGAUUUAGCACUGUUGAAUAUUCGCAUACCGCAUUUGUCAGAUCAUGUAAGCAUUUGAUUAGAAAUUCCUAAAACAAUUAGUGUUUUAUGGCAAGUCUAAAACAAAUGUACUAAUAAGGCGUUUAAUUCAAUCCCUACCUACAAUACAAAUACAAACAACAUCUAGAUAAUUAGCAUUCUUAUUAUAAUGGAAAGGAAUUUAAAUGAGACAAGAACUAUAUGGUAUAGUGGUAAUUAUUUUUUUUUAAACAUUUCAUUAAAUUUCUUUCAUUAUUUAUAAGACUUUUUUUUUAUGAAUAAAACUUCUAAAAGUAGAUGUAAUUUCUGAUAAACCCAAUGUCUGAUGAUUUUUAAAAAUAUUUUUCUGUAUUUCUUUGAUGUUUAUUCAGCUCUGAAUUGUGAACUAGGGUAUUUAUAGCUUUCUAUCAUAAUCAAUGAGUAAACUGUGCCAUAAGUUCUUUAACGCGCAAUUUUUUUUCUACAUGUUGGGGCUUCAUUGAGAUGUCUAAAUUUAUCGUAAUCUUCUUCAUUGUAGAACUUGUAAGCUUGAUAUAGUGAGCCUGGGUUUUCAUGAACCCAUUUAUCAGCUGGUGGAACAAAGUUGCCUGGUCCAUCCCAACGUCUCCUCCAAGCAUCAGUAUGAAAAGGAAUCAGUUGUGGAUACGGUACUCCAGUAAAGUUCAUAGGAUAACCAGACAUUGAGAUCCCUGACAAAAAGGGUGUAACAUUUACAGUUAAAGAAUUUGUCAUCAAAGGGUGAAUAAAUGCAAAAAUAAAAUAUGUUUUGGCUUAAGUCCUCUUCUACCAUUUCUACCUGGUUAGGUCAACUGAAAAUGGUUACUUUGCAAUAGAGGGUCUUUAAUUUUUAAAUGCAUAUCAAACUCAGUUCUUUUAAUGUGUCUGAAACUAAAGUACCAUUGCUAUUUUAAAAGCUUUUAUUUUUAUUUGACUGAGGUAACCUUAAUAUAAUGCCCUUCUACAGAAUUUAAAUGUUAAAGAGCAAUAAUACUGUUGUCUUGUUUUCAUAUUUAAAUUUAA